CCUUUUGAGAGACGGGAGGGGGUUGGUUGACCGAGUGAAUCCGGACCCAGCCAUCAGCCCAGUGUAUACUAAUAAUCAGAGUCAGUCAUUACAAUUUCACUGCAAUUCACCCUUACAGCGCUCGAAAGAGAAGAAGAAGAAGAAAGCCGAUGGGAGGAGGGUCGAUGGUGGUGAGGUUGGUUUUGAUAUUUACAAUUUUGUCGGUGGCUUCUUCCAUCGAUGACAAAUGCGCUGCGUGCAAUGCGGUCGCGGAGGAGCUCGAGUUGGGACUUUCCAACGAAAAACCCAGAAACCAUUUGGAUAUGAGACACCGAUUGGACUCAACUGGUCAACGGAGAGGGAAGGUAAUCGAUUACAGAGUCAGUGAGCUCAGAGUUGUUGAACUCCUCGAUGGAAUUUGCGAAAAGAUGCAGGAUUAUACUCUUCACAAGAUAGAUUCAAACAGAAAAGAGUGGAUCAAAGUGGAUAACUGGGAUAACCUCACAAUAAGUAAACAAGAAGCUAAAGCAUAUUCAAAGGAUUUAUCGACCUAUUGUGGAAGAUUACUUGAGGAAACAGAAGAUGAGUUGGCAGAAUUGAUAAAGAAAGGAUCUGUAAGAGGAGGAGAUGUAAGCAAGGUCUUAUGUCAAGAUCUGAGUGCACACUGUAGCAGGACAAGUGCAUCGCAUCAGGGAAAUGGAUAUGGUAAUGGAUCCAACGGAGAGCUCUGAGUUACCCACAUUCACAUACUUCGCCAGCAAGAAGAGAUAGCACAAGCCAAUUGACUUUUAUUCAGAGUUUGGUCUGUUUAAGUUGUUAUCAAGUGUUAUGCCCAAGUGACUUGCUUAUUCGGAUGCCAGCAAAUUUGGCUUCUAAACUUUUGCGAUGAUGUACCAAUUUGUUGUUAACUUAUACAAGACUGAUACAAGUUAAAGACACAGAGCUAAUGCAUCUUUCAUAGAACUCAAA